AUGAAACUUUAUUUUCCGUGUCCCUUGUAUUGGAUGGACUUUUGUUCCACUGAUGUUCUGCUCAUUUUCGAGGAGAUUCCCGCCGGUGACAACAUGGGACAAACGGAGAAAUUGAAUGCUAAAGCAACUGCAACUCCAACUCCAGAAACUUGUUCAGCUCCAGAAAAAGAAGUAGUGGUCGCAGAAAAAGUUGUAGAGGUCAUUGUCGAGGGGAAAGAAGACCUGAAGCUAGAUGAGAACGAACAUAAGACUCGGAUAGUGAAAUGUCUGAAGAUCCUGUUUAUCAUGCUCGGCGUUGCAGCUGUGAUACUAGCAAUUGCCUUGAUAAUAGUGACGAUACUGACAUGUAUAGCAACGAAGGCGUAUGAUGCUGACCAAUCAGGUAGAAUUGUAGCCAUGGUGUUGCUGGCUGUGACCGCAGCCUUAACCAUAUGCGUGGUCAUAUAUAUGCAGGUCGCGACUUUAAGGUGCCAAUCGACACGUAUGACUAUGGCAUGUGGCGGCUUAGUAAUACUGAUAAUAAUCCAAAUAUUAAUCGGAGGCGUAUCAGUUAAUGUCCAGCCGUCUGAUGAAGCCAAGCUGUUGAAGGCGCUGACCGACUCCUUUAAAUUGGCAAAGGAAGACGUCCCGAGACCCUACAAAUUGUGGGCCAUGACGCAGUUCGAUUUGGAUUGCUGCGGUUUGUUCGGUCCAGACGACUACAGAACCCAGAAGCAGCCGUACUAUUUCCCACCAGACGUGCCAAUAUCAUGCUGUCCUAAUUACGACCCCAACCGUUCGGACUUUGUGCAGGAAAAAGAAAGAAUGCACUGUAAAACUAAGAAGAUUUACUACAAAGAUGGUUGCAAGGACGAAGUGUUGUUGGUCUUUAGUGAAACAGCAACACUUGUUCUGACAGUAAAUGUAGCCUUAAUUAUUGCUAAGAUACUCUUGGUGAUUCUCGCCUUUGCUUUAGCCAAGGAAAUGAAAACUAUUGACUUUUUACCCUUAAACAGCGACGAUUGUGGUGCGAAGCCAACUGCCGUCAUGACGUACUGGAAGCCUGGCUCUCGAUGUAAAUUAGACAUCUGGAGGGGCUGUCCAACCACCAACAAAUUCGAGGACGAAUACAAUUGUUCUCUAACCUGUAUCUUCCACGCGCCGAGUGUUACCGAUGAAUGUGGACUAGUCAUGGACGAAGCGAAAUGCAACGAAAUAGAGCAGGUAGUGUACACAUAUCGAGGUGGGCUCUGCGAAUUAGCAAUAUGGAGGGGAUGUCCCACCGCAAACAAAUUUAUCAACCGGACAGCUUGCAUCAACACUUGUGGUCAAGGACAGUGGCAAGAUAAAUUAGAAAAAUUGCCCAUUGAAAAACUGAAACUGGUGAAUCAAAUGCUAGAAACUAUAGUGGAUGAAAACAGUACUGCUAUUGCGUUAAAUGGAAGUAGUGAACAGGGCUCGGUUUCUGAAACAAGUGCUGAGGAAUCAGGAAGUGGAAGUAAUGAACAUACUACUAAACAAAGCAGUGCCAGUGAAGAAGAAGAAGAAACAGAAGAGCCUUCAACACACGAGUCUGCAUCUGAAGAGCAUACUACUGAAGCAGAAAAUUACACCACAGAACCUCCCACCACGACUCCGAUCAGCAUAGAGGAAGUAGGAGUAAUAACGUCAAGAUAG